CUCCAGACCAUAGAGUUCAGUUCCUAUCUGGGCCUCCCAUACACCACUUCCUCUUGUCGGCCUAAAACCGCGCCUGCGCACUUUCCAUCUUCCUCUUGGGCUCGGAUCUAGGUUGCGUUAACAUGGCGAAACGCACCAAGAAGGUCGGAAUCGUGGGCAAGUACGGGACCCGUUAUGGUGCCUCCCUCAGAAAAAUGGUGAAGAAAAUUGAAAUCAGCCAGCACGCCAAGUAUACCUGCUCCUUCUGUGGCAAAACCAAGAUGAAGAGAAGAGCUGUGGGCAUUUGGCAUUGUGGUUCCUGCAUGAAAACAGUAGCUGGUGGUGCCUGGACCUACAACACCACCUCUGCUGUCACAGUCAAGUCCGCCAUCAGAAGACUGAAGGAACUGAAGGACCAGUAGAAGCGCCACCAUCGAUAACGUUGCUAGCCUGAGAGCUCCUAUGAACCCCAUCCUGAUCACCUGAACCCCCUCUUGAAUCCUGACAUGCUUUAACACUGCUAGGUCAGCAAGAACGAGUGUGAGAGGGAGAGAAGAUCAAAGAGAAGAUGGAGGCCUCCUUCUUCCACUCAGCAAGCUGUCUGGAGUGUGCUGUACCAACUUUGGCAAAAUUAUAAAGGAGUUUUCUAUGGCUUACA